GUGCAGCUGGCAGUAUAUAGAGCAAUGAGGAUGGAACAAUCCACUGGACAGUCACGCGAUAUAGACACUUGGUGAUAGAUCGAUCUGUGUUUUUCAAUCAGCGGCACUGCUUUUAAGCGACAGGAGAUAGAGCGAGCAAAGGAAGGAAAGAAGUGAAGAGAAGAGAAUAGAAGCAUCAAACCAAUCUCCAUCACCGCCUUCACCUCCAUCCUUCAAAUGUAUCUGCGCAACGAUCACGCGGAAAAGAGCCUCCCGGUUCUGCGACGGCUCGUCCGCGAGAACCCCCUGGGCCAGUUCACCACCGUCAUCGCAUCGCCAGACUUCCCCCUCAUCCAGUCCAGCCACAUCCCCUUCAUCCUGGACGUCGAGGAUGAAUCCAGCGAGACGGAGCUCGGCCGCCUAAGGGCGCACAUGGCCCGCGCCAACCCGCAAGCCAAGGCCAUCGUCGAGGAGAUCAAGCAGCGCCAGGCCGCCGGCGACAACUCGCGGACGCUGCAGCAGGACGUGCUGGUCAUGUUCACGUCGCCGGUGCACCACUACGUCACGCCCAAGUUCUACACCACCACCAAGCCCGCGACGGCAAAGGUCGUGCCCACCUGGAACUACGCCGCCGUGCAGGUCUACGGCAAGGCCACCUUCUACAUCGACUCCGGCGCCGAGGAGACGUCGUCGUUCCUGGACCGGCAGAUUGACGCGCUGUCGAGCUUCAACGAGGAGGUCACGAUGGGCUACACGGGCGAGGGCGGCAGACCGUCGGCGUGGAAGGUGGCCGAUGCGCCGGAGCCGUACAUCAACAUCAUGAAGAAGAACAUCAUCGGCCUGGAAAUCAAGAUUGAGCACAUGGGUGGCAAGUUCAAGAUGAGCCAGGAGCUGGGCGAUGGCGACUCUGACGGCGUGAUCAAGGGGUUCAAUGAGCUGGGCAGCGAGGUUGGAGCCAAAAUGGCGAGCAUUGUGGAGGAGCGGAGGGAGAUUAAGAGGCAGCAGAAGGCGAGCAAGCAGAGCGAAUGAAGAUGAUUUUUACAAAAAUCAUGGCGACUGCCUACAAAAAGGCUUUCUCUCCAUCGCAUAUAGGGUAUGUAUCUGUAUAUAAAUAGAGGGUUGAUAAGUCAUCUGAGCAAUGGCCAGCGUUCCAUAUCAACAGUCAAACCGAGAUGAGAGACAGACAGUGAGAUGACAUGAGCUAGUAGAA